AUGGCCACUGUCAGUAUCUACGAUACGAAACAACGCCAACAGGGGUUUGCCAGCCGCUUCGCGCACAGCCACGCCGGGGCGGCGACGCUCGCUGGGGUGCUUGAAAUUGCCUUCUUCCACCCUUUUGAUACCACUACGAAACGUCUGAUGUCGAACAAGGGCACCAUCAUCAGCCGAAGUUUCUAUGAAACGUGUGGAAAUUUAAAUCGCGCGGUGUUUAACAAACACGCCGAUGCGGGCGUGCUGAAGAAGUUGAUCUACCUCUACCCGGGCUCGCUUUACGCGAUCGUCUACAAGGUUUUCCAGCGCGUGUAUAAGUUCGCCGGGCAGCCCUUGGUGCGGGAUUUCUUCUGCGCGAAUCACCGCGCGAGUUUCACGCGGUGGUUCGGCUCCGCCGAUAAAGUCAUGGAGGAUGCCGUGGCGGGGUGUUUAAUUGGGAUCGGCGAGGUCCUUUUGCUCCCGCUGGAUCGACUAAAAGUGCUCAGCCAAACGAACGAAUCGGCGAUGGGCAGAGGGCUGUUUCCGCUGCUACGCCAGGAAGGCUGGCGUGGGAUGUACGCAGGGAGCGUCGUAACGGUUUGCCGGAACGCGCCCGGUUCGUUUUGCCUUUUUGGCGGCACCGCUUUCACGAAAAAUUACAUCUUCGGCCUGAAGGAUCACCGGAACGCGACGCUGUAUCAAAAUAUGACGGCCUCCACGGUGGGAGCUUGUUUAUCGAUCACCGUUACGAAUCCGAUGGAUGUCGUGAAAACGCGAGUGCAGCGGCAGACCGCCGGGGAGCGGCAAAGCGCCAUCGCUACGACGAUUGCGAUGCUCAAAGAAGAAGGCGUGAGCGCCUUUUUUAAAGGGCUAACCCCCAAAGUCAUCGCCUCGUCGCCGAAGCUGAUCUUCGCGUACACCAUGACGGAGUUUUUCUACAAAACCAUGAAUAAGAAGGAGGAUUCGAAAAAGUGGGUGAAAUGA